GACGCGAAGCAGCGCGGGUCAAAUUACGAACUAUCCGCAAUUUUUCAUUUGAAGAAUUAACACUUUGAUGCGGAUAUGAUGGAGGUUUGCAGAGUGUUCAGUGUCGCAAUCGUCUGCGUGUGCCUGGCCGCGGUCACCUCGGCAGCCUCAAAAAAUAACAGAGUCAGAGUUGGUGACUUCGCAUCAGCGUGCAAAGCCAACGACCCUGAACUUAAUGAAUGCGUGCGACAGGCGAUCAUCACGGCAAUCCCAAAGAUGGCAAAAGGCAUCCGUGAUCUGGGAUUAAUUCCCUUCGACCCGCUGAAGGUGCCACAAGUCGUCAUUGACCAGCGUGGAAACGGACCUGUCGGACUCAAGCUCACUUUUGUCAACUCGGAGCACGUCGGAGUCAGUGGACUAGCCCCUCAUAGUGUCAAGGUUGUCCCCGAGAGGAUGUAUUUUGAAAUAAACUCAACGCUGCCUAAGUACAGAAUCAUCGGAGACUACGAAGUUGAGGGCAGGAUUCUGCUUCUUCCCUUGAUUGGAAACGGACCGAGUGAUUUCACAAUGAACAAUAUCCAGCUCAAUUGGAUUUUCUUCGGCAAGCCGGAAGUGCGUAAUAACAAAACCUACUGCAAGCUGACCGACUGCAAAAUCCGCAUGAGGAUCGGCUCUGGAUCCAUGAGGCUGGACAAUCUGUUCAACGGAGACAAGCGACUGGGUGAUAACAUGAACCGAAUCAUGAACGAAAACUUCUCUGAGGUGAUAAGGGAAGUCUUGCCAGCGCUGGAGGACACUUUCAGCCAACUGUAUUUGAAGCUGAUCGCGCCUAUUUUCGCGGCGACCAGGUACGAAGACAUUUUCCCCGGUAUUGACAUGUCAAAGGUCUCAGCAGGUUCCUACGACGUCUAGCUUAAAGCUGGCCUCCUCUCCUUUCUAUUGCAGUACAAAUUCGACCUUUUAAUAAGUGCGCAAAGUUUAUUUGUAUCCAUGCUAAAGAUUGAUGUAUUAUUAGAAUUAAGAGAAACUAUUUGUAUUAGAACGUUUUAUAUCUCAAACGUUGCCAACACUCACUACUUCCUAAUUUUCAAUUUUAUAUUUGUAAAAUAAAUAAAUUGAAAUUUAAUUACUGGU